AUGAGAGCUCUACUUUUCAUUCUUAUUAUGGUUUUCUUCUCAGAUGUUUUCCCACAGAGCCUCCAGCAGCCGCCGCCGCACCCAAUCAAGACCGUCGUAGUCUUAGUCCUCGAAAACCGGUCAUUCGACCACAUGCUCGGGUGGAUGAAAAACUCUGUCAACCCCUCCAUCGACGGCCUCACCGGCAAAGAAUGCAAUCCAAUCUCCACCACCGAUCCUGCCGGCCCGAAGAUCUGCGUCUCGGAUGACUCCGAGCACGUUGAUUUGGACCCGGGCCACACGUUCGAAGACAUCCAGAAACAGGUGUUCGGAUCCGACCUGUACCCGUCCAUGUCGGGUUUCGUGGAGCAAGCCUUAACCAUCUCGAAAAACCUCUCCGAGACCGUGAUGAAAGGGUUCCGCCCGGAGAAAGUCCCGGUUUUCGCCAAGCUGGCCGACGAAUUCGCCGUGUUCGACCGGUGGUUCAGCUCGAUCCCCGGGCCCACCCAGCCGAACCGGAUUUUCUUAUUUUCGGCCACCUCCCACGGGUCCACGACCAACGUGAACCGACUCAUGGUCGACGGGUACCCGCAACAGACCAUAUUCGACUCGAUGCACGAAAACGGCCUCGACUUCGGCAUCUACUUCCAGAGCUUCCCGGCCACGUACUUGUACCGGAAUUUACGGAAGUUGAAAUACGCGUCCAAGUUCCAGCGGUAUGAGUCGAGGUUCGAGAAGGACGCUAAGAGUGGGAAGCUGCCGAGCCUCGCGGUUAUCGAGCCCAGAUACUUUGAUGUUUUGGGCCGGCCCGCGAACGACGAUCACCCGUCUCAUGACAUUGCCCACGGGCAGAGGCUCGUGAAGGAGGUGUACGAGACGCUGAGGGCGGGCCCGCAGUGGAACGAGACUUUGUUGGUGAUCACUUACGACGAGCACGGCGGGUUUUACGACCAUGUCCCGACACCUUACGUGGGGGUCCCGAAUCCUGAUGGGAAUGCGGGGCCUGCGCCUCAUUUCUUUAAUUUCGACAGGCUCGGGGUUCGUGUGCCCACCAUUAUGGUCUCUCCUUGGAUCAAGAAAGGGGCAGUGAUAAACAGGCCAAAGGGGCCUUCCCCAAAUUCCGAAUACGAACACUCGUCAAUACCGGCAACCAUAAAGAAGGUCUUCAAUCUCUCGUCCCAUUUUCUCACGCACAGAGACUCUUGGGCUGGCACGUUCGAGCACGUUUUCAGUGAGCUGACCUCUCCAAGGAUCGAUUGCCCAGAGGUUUUACCUGAUGUUGCUCCUUUGAGGAAGGAGGAAGCCGAUGAAAACAGGGGGUUGUCCGAGUUUCAGGAGGAGCUCGUCCAGCUGGCGGCUGUUCUUAAGGGCGAUCACUACUUGAGCAGCUUCCCGAAUGAGAUGGUUAAAAAGAUGAAGGUUCGGGAAGCUAAUGAGUACGUAAAAGGUGCGGUGUCGAGGUUCAUAAGGGCGAGUAAAGAGGCUAAGAAGCUUGGGGCCGACCCGUCUGCCAUUGUCGACAUGCGAUCUUCUCUGACUACACAAGCUUCGUCGUUCGUCCACAAAUGA